AUGACAACAUUGCAAUGCUCCUAUUGUUCGCUGAACAUCAACGAUGACAAUUAUUUACAUUGUUCGGAAUGUGGCGGCGAUGUACAUGUCAAGUGUUUGCGACGUUCCAGACCGGGUGAUUUAAUGGGUGAUGUCUUUUUCGAUUUUACAUGUGCCAAAUGUAUGCAAGCCCAAUACGAUGGACCGUCCACGUCAAGUGAAAUCAUUACGGGAACGCAUGAGAAAUAUGUGCGGCAGCGUAUGCCGUGGCUAUUGGUUAUAACGUUGACUUUGUAUAAUCUAUCGAUCAAAUCGAAGGGUUUAAGUCGUCACGGGUAUUUCCAUUGGAGGACACAUAUUGUCAAUUUUAUAGAUAAGAAUUGGGAUUAUCUAUUUGAUCCAACAGUUAAGAGACGGAAAAAAUGGACGGGUUCAAUAUCGGGAGCAUUAUCACAUAAUAGUCCUAAGUAUUUUACAUCUGGCCAAGCCCUAUUUGAAGAAACUGGUUGGUGGAAGCUUACUCUUGACAACAAAACUCCAAAGUACAUUUUUAGUAUUUAUGAACAACAGUGCUUGGAACGUCAACAAAUUCGUAAUGAUAAACGCCAAAAGGAAGAUGAUUAUGGCAGUGAUACAUCGAACAAUGAACAGGAUUCGAAACGUAUUAAAAGUGCAGAUUCAGAGGAUGAAUUAAUUGCGAAAUAUACAUGCAGUCGGAUGAUGCCAUAUAUGGGUCGCAAGCCGAAAGUUGCCAAACAGCUAGAUGUCCUGGAAGAUGAUCAUUUGUUAAAUAAAAUACCACCGCCAAAUAAUCUCAUGCCACUUGAAGAUCCAACAAUGCCCCUGAAUACCGUUCAAUCGAGUUUAAUGGAUUUCUUAGCUGAAAGUUUGGCCAGUGAUGAUUUAAAUAUGUUUAAUAGUCUACCAAAUAUUGCACCCGAACCUUUAGUCGAGUGUGCAGGGAAAAAUGAUAUGAUGCCGCUGCUAGAAGCAAGUACAGAUAAUGCCAACUUUCUUGAAAAUAUACCAGCCCCAGUUAAAUCUCAACCAAUGGAUUUGAAUGGUCAUUUAUAUAAUGAUUUCAAUGCUCAACUAUUACUUAAUGAUAAAUUAAAUAGUUUCUUUAAUAAUACACAAUUUACGCAACACGAACCGGAGGUCACAAAUAUUUACAGCGGAAAUUCGGCUGGAAUGGGAUAUGGAAAAAAUAUCAAUGUUCCGGCAAUUGAUUUGCCAAUUGAUGCUGAUGAUGAGGAUGUAACACAUGCAACCCCAGAUGAUAAAUGUAAUGAUGAAGAUAUACAAACAUUAUUAAAAGACUGUAAACCUAGUUUAUUUACCAAACAACCAAGACGUCAAUGGCCAUGGUUGGUGGAAAGACACACGGGAGAUUCUGAUGAAGAGGAAGAACUGGCUGGUGAGGGUUCAAGUGAAGCACAACAACAAAGUAAUGUAGAUUUAACCCGCAUGAGUGAAUACGAAGAAAAGGAACUGCUGCGAAAAUUACGCCACAUAUUUUCCCUUGAAGAAAAGUGUAAAAUUCGUAUACCAUCAUUUGUGCGGAGAUUUUAUCGUAAACUAUGUAUAAGGGAAUGGAAAAGGGCUCAUGGCAAACCGAUAUUUAAUUUAGAUGAUUAUGUCAAUGGUAGACAUUUGACGAAGGUGCAAAAUGAUAAAACACGGCAUAUAGAUCGCUAUCAGUUAAUUUCAUUAUCUUCAAAGGAACAGAAGCGAUCAUUUCACGCCCGCAUUGCUGGUUCCUUUGAAUGUGAAUUCUUUGAAUCUCCCUAUACACAAAGGAUAUUGCAUCCGUAUAUAUUUCGUAAUAAUAAAUAUUUCCCACCAUUUUUAAAGCUUAUGUGUGAAUUACAAUAUAAGGUCAAUCACAAAUAUCCAUCUCGUGCACCCAUAGACUUUUGUUAUGUUCGGCCAAAUCACAUAGCUGCUGUUAAUUCAUUAUUACAAACGGAAUUUUGGCCAGGAAUUGAUAUGUCCGAAUGUUUAAGUUAUCCCGAUUAUAGUGUAGUUGCCCUAUAUAAGAAACUUGUGGUUGGUUGCGGGUUUCUUGUACCUGACGUGGGUUUCAAUGAGGCUUAUAUAUCAUUUAUGGCGGUGAGGCCCGGCUGGAGGCGCAGCGGCAUUGGCACCUUUAUGUUAUAUCAUUUAAUACAGACUUGUAUGACCAAGGACAUAACCCUACAUGUAUCAGCCACAAAUCCUGCCGUUGUACUCUAUCAAAAAUUUGGUUUUAAAAUGGAAGAGGUGGUGCUGAAUUUCUACGAUAAAUACCUACCAUUUGAGUCGAAAGAUAGUCGACAUGCCUUAUUUUUAAGAUUAAUAAGAUAG